AUGCGAUUGCGUGUGCUAAAUCAGCACUCCCCUCCUCUGACACCAUAUGAGGUGUACCGAGAGGGCGUCGUCCUGGAUGUCGGAUGUCCGUGGGCUACAAUAAUCCUCCACCAGUCAUCAGAAAGUCGUUCCUUCAACUACCGCUACACUUGGCUAAUGCUUCAUAACUCCAGUUUCGACCCCACUGCGACAGAGAAACUGUUGGUUAACAUCAGUAUUCUACCAGACGCCGACGUGACUUGGCUGGCUGACGACACACUGGUGAACCUAUACAAAGUUAAGGAGCACCAGCCCCUUACAGCCACCAAACUGAUUGCCAACAUGAGCGCGACCGAACAAGAACUUGAACUCUUAUGGGGAUUUCUUCCGACUGUUAUCACGCAGCCACAACAUUUUAAGAGCUGGACUGACUUGACGACGCGUCACAUAGAACCAUUCCCGAAAGUGACCUAUCCGAUAAUGAUAUUGUGUGCAGAGGACUUAAACUUUCGGUAUAAUCUCCAGCAGGUGGAUUUGUAUGGAAGUGAGCAUAACGGGGCAUUCGAUGGAGCGGCGGGGCUGCUGCAGAGGGGUGAGGUUGAAAUGGGCUUCUCCUCCUUAUUCAUGCGCGCUGACCGUUUCAAUGUGUUGCACUUCGUUGCCGAGACACUAGAGCUCAGGGCAUCGUUCAUAUUCCGACAACCACCGCAGUCGUCGGGAAACAACGUAUUCCUACUACCAUUCAGUCGCGGUGUGUGGGCGUGCAGUGCGGCGGUGUUUCUGAUGGUGGCCGGCUCGCUGGCAGCCCUCAGCUUCCGGCUAAUACGAGCGGACCCAACACUAGCGCAGCUUACACCUGCAGAAGUCUGCACCUUCACCGUAGGAACCAUAUGCCAGCAAGGCUCAUACCUGAAUCCGAGCACGGUGUCAGUGAGGAUUGUGAUGUUGUUCACAUUGUUCGCGGCAUUUUUUAUUUUUACAUCGUACUCUGCGAAGAUCGUCGCCAUCCUGCAGACUCCUAGCGACGCGAUCCAGACCAUAGACGACCUAGCGCGCUCACCGUUCACUCUCGGUGUUGAGAACACCACCUACAAGCAUAUCUACUUUUCGGAGAGCAAUGACCCGGCGACACAGCGUCUGUAUCGGCACAAGUUGUUGCCUCUCGGCGAUCGUGCCUACCUCAGUGUGGUCGAUGGCGUCAAUCGUCUGCGGACUGACAUGUUUGCGUUUCAGGCUGAGGAGACCUCCGCCCACGACAUUAUCAGUAAGACCUUCACGGAACGUGAGAAGUGCGGUCUGAAGCACAUCCAGGCGUUCAAACUGCCCAUGGUCAGCGUGCCCGUGCGCAGGCUGUCCGGUUACAGAGAGCUGCUGGCAGCAAGGUUGCGCUGGCAGCGGGAGGUGGGCCUGAUGGAUCGGUGGCGGCGCGUGUGGCUCGUGGAGCGGGCGCGGUGUCUCGCCAGCAACGACUCCGGCUUCGUGAACGUGAGGCUCGCGGACGUGUGGCCAGCGGUGCAGGUGCUGAUGAGCGGCAUGAUCCUGGCGACAUUGUUGCUCAUCGCUGAACUCACCUUGAGCAGAGCCGAACACAAAGUAAAAUGAACUACACUUAUUUAUUAUUAUUUUACACUGAAAAAUAUUCUUAAUGAAAAAUGCUUAAAUAUCUUCAUUGUCCCUGGCACCCUGAGAUGGGACUCAAACCCUUUCGCAAUCCGGGCGACUGUUCUAACCACUGUGAUAUCCAGAACCUAAUAGGACUGAUGAAUUUUUCCAGCACUUGUUACUUUUUUGUUACAUUUAAAUGGAUUUAUUAAGCAUUUUUUAUUAAUAAUAUAUUUAGUAUAGUAUAUGUGCACGUGCAUGCCAAAUUGAUCAAAUAUAAAAUUAGAAAAAAUUCUCUUCUUUAUUGAAAGUUUAAAUAUUUGUAAUAAUAUUUCUUUCGGCUGUUUGGGUGGAUUGCCCAAACAUUGUUUAGAAAUACACUCUGUAAUCAAGUGCUUGAUCGUCAGUCCUGUUUAAAGUCGUCCUUUACUUUCCGAAUCUGUGCCUUGAGCUUUAUUUGUCGGUUUAGAAGCGUGGCUUAUUAUAUUUGUUACAUUUGCGAUGCCCCAAACGCGAGGAAAUCCGGCACUGUCUCGGGCGACUCUGACCGGAUGA